AUGUCUUCCACUACGACGCUCCAUGAUCAUAUCUCUCAGAUGACUCCGAUUAAGCACCGACGUAGAAAGAGGCCAUCAUUCAGCCCGGCUCCACGAGCGCAUUCCGAAUCACCCAAAAAGGCCCUCAAACCAGUAUUCCAGCCAGAUUCUGACGUCGCAACCGCGUCGCUUGACUUUGAAGAGUUCAGUUUAUGGGAUCAUGAGCUUCACGAUCAGCAUCUCUCGGCCAAGCAUCGCGCCGCUCUUAGCCGCCAUCUGUCGGAGAACUUCGAAGUGGUUGAGCUCCUCAUCACCCUACCAUUCCUCAUCCUUCGAUGUAAUGGUGCGCCUCCCCCGCCAGACAAGCGACCUUUCUCUGUUGCGGGCUGUAUCGCUGUAUGGAUCGGGUUUGACGAACCGGUGCCAUGUUUCCUGCCCGGAAACACGUCGACGAAUGAUGAGUUAGAAUAUGAGAUCAAGCUAGAAGACAGGCUGGCAGCAGAUCUGAUGCCCUAUGGUAUGCCUAAAGCUGACACCUUAUUCGACAUCGUGACCCGCUACUUCCACGGAGCAAUAGCGGUUUCCCUCAUCUGCAGCACUCUUGUCGUGGAGUUCCCUGAGAUCGACCUUGAGUCGUGGAAGAACAAGAUAGCUGAGUUGCCACACGGCUUCCAAAACUCCUCUGUUGCAUUGAACUAUUCAAACGGGCCACUCACCAAUACGGAGUUUGGGCGCCUCAAAAAGCCUGAUCCAACAUAUUUGGCUAGUCUUCAAGAAGACGAUUCCGAUUACGUCCAGUCCCAGGGAUGUUUCUGCCCAGGGACUAUGCUAUCGGCAGACUCUGGCAACCAGAUUAGUGCUGGGAUUCUGGUCGAGAAGGAUGGAGAGAUCCGAUUGACAGUAGCUUUUCACUGUUGGGCCGAUGAAUAUGCUGCGACGCCUGACGCGCUUGGAGACCCAGAUCACUUUUCAGUCAAGCAGGGCAAUACCAGGGUCGGUUAUGUGGCAGAGAGAGUUGGUGAGACGGACAUUGGCCUUGCGAAAUUGGACGACGGAAUUGUUUUCUCCAAUCGAUUUCUGGACAUCGACAGUUCAGCCAAGACUCUGCUGCUUCUGGAGGAUAUAUCCCAGGGAGAUACGGUUCUUAUCGAUAGUUUCGUCACUGGACGACAGGCACUUCGAUGCGUUGGAAUACGUAUUGUCACUGCAAAAGGGUCUGCGUCCUUUCUGAAAGGGGAGGCGAAAGAUCUCCCUGGAGAAGGCAAUUACAUACACCUGAGUCAAGGCAUCUGGGCCACAAAUGCUCCAGAUAUAUGUGGGGCUACAAAAAUUCGGGCUGGUGUAUGUGGGAGUGCCGCUGUGAGAAAUAAAGCCGAAGGAGCAACGAAGAGCUUAGACCGUGGUGAGAUUUGUGGGUUCAUGCAUUGGUCGGAUUUGCAGAUGAAAUACGCCCAAAAUGGCGAGUUGUUCUGCUUCGCAGAUGCGCUGGAUGAAUUGGUCCAACCGUGGCUGGAAGUGUGUCCCCCUUCAGGAGAAGCGCCCAGUGACACCAUGAGGGAUCGAGAGGAUGCUACGAAACUCGAUCAAGUUGCCACAGGCAAGGAUGGCGGAGUUUUGACCAAAAUCAUUCUCAACUCUGGGAUUAGACUAUGUAUUGUUAAACAGGAGAGCCAGGAAGGUUGCCUUCGAGCUAGAGCUAUCGGAGGACUUGAGAAUUGA